AUGUUCACCAACCUCGGCCACGCGCCCUGGGCCGGCGAGGACAGGGUCGAAGCCGCGUCGUCGUCCCGCUCGACCCCCGCCGACGAUGCGGGGAAGCGCGAGCCAGAGCAGCCCAACACCCGCGCACCCGUCCUGUUCUCGUCCCGCCGCACCUUCUCGUCCAAGUCGGCCUUCUUCGACGCGUGCAAGGUCGCCAACCUCGCCGAGUACGGCUACACGACGCACCAGCUGUCGAGCAACGUGACGACCGCCGUCGUCUGCUGCGCCGGGCGCCGCCACGAGCGCUGCCCGAUGCAGGUCGCGGCGUUCCUGUGCGAGGACGACCGGUGGGCCGUCGACUCGGAGCGCUGCAGGUGGGCGCACACGCACGCGCGCGACGACGACGAGGUGCACGCGCAGGCCAAGGCGGGCGAGCAGGACGACGCGGUCACGGGGCGCGUGCAGGCGGCCGAGCCGAGCAGGAGCACGGCGCGCGAGCGGGCCAGCGAGGACGAGUCGGACCUGAGCGACGAGACGGACGGGAGCGAGGAGCUCAGCAGCGAGGAGAGCUCGGGGGACGAGUACGGCCGGUCGAGGAAGGCGGCAAAGGCGCGUGUCGCGAGUAGCUCGGGCGAGGAGGAGGACGAGGACAGCCAGGAGGACCCGACCGACUCGACCUCGGGUCACGUUCCGCAGCUCCCGAUGCCUAAAUUGCCCGCCGUCGGCGACACGUUCGCGUCGCCCGAGGCGUUCGAGGUGGCGUGCGUCCUCGCCGUCAUCCGCGUCUACGGCUACAGCGUCAGCAAGCGCAGCCCGACCGACAACUACUGCCGGGUCCAGUGCAACUACCGCACGACCAAGCCCGGCCCAUGCCCGUUCGAGCUCAUCGCCCGCAAGAACCUCGACACGGGCCUCUGGGUCGUGUGCAACUCGGCGCGCCCGCGCAUCCACAACCACGGCCGCAACCCCCGGCUCGCGCGAGACUCGAUGUGGCUGCCGACAGUCGUCUGCGAGACGGCGAGGGCGGCGCUCGGGCUCGCGCCGGGCAAGCGCGCGCGCGACAAGGCGAGGCGCGACGCUCGGGCGAGGCGCAAGGCCGACGUCAAGCAGGCGCGAGCCCAGGUCAAGAAGCGCCAGCGGGUCGACGUCAAGGACGAGAACAACGGGCUCAUGCCCCCGCCGCAGCGCCCUUUCGCAGCGAGGCCGCCACUGCCGCACGUCGGCUCGACCAGCACCCCUCGCACGGCCUACUCGUCCACGCCGCCAGCUCGCUCGGCCUUGUCGUCGCCCCUCACCUACGCUUCCACCUCGACCGCCUCAUACGGCCGCCCGCAGGCGCCGCCCGCCGCCGUCUAUCGUCCGCCGCCGUCUCACCACUCGCCCUAUACGCCGCUCGACCCGGCCUCGAGUACCUCGUCGGCGCACAACCCCGAUACGCCCUUCCUCGCCGACCUGGCCGCGUUCCUCUCCGGCCUCGACCCCUACCUCCCUCACCUCGCGCCCCUCCUCUACGCCGUCGGCAUCACGACCAUGGCCGACCUCGUCGUCCUGAGGCAGAUGACGCCGACGUGCCGCACGGCGAUGUGGGGCGAGAUGCGCCGCAGGGGCGGGGCGCUGUCGAGCGAGGAGGAGGAGCGGCUCGAGCGCGGGUUGGCGGGCGCGUGA